AUGGCUGAGCGGAGACUUCUUCCAAAAGACGAUGAUGAGGGAUCUUUGCUCUCUAAACUGGGCACGGAUAGUCCAAAACCCAGAGUGAAGUUUGGUGGUAUGUUUUGUAAUAUCGAGGGAGCGUUCGAGAAUAAAACUCUAAAUUUUGAAUCUUUUAGUCCAAGUUCUCUGAGGAAGAACACCAGAGGACGGGCUGAGAGGUGUUUGUCUGAUACUACCAGUGACGCCGGUAGCGUGAGUAAUUUCUCCAGCGUCAGCCACUCACAGAGUCGACCCGAACCUGCACCUUCUACCAGUUCACGAGGUCAGACUAUCGUAUAUCCCACAGGACACAGUCGUCCACACAACUGUCGUCGGGAGAGUGAUCGCCUGAUCAUCAAAGGAGGGAAGAUUGUGAACGAUGAUCAGUCUUUUUAUGCUGACAUUUAUGUUGAGGAUGGAACCAUCAAGCAGAUUGGAGAGAACCUCAUCGUGCCAGGCGGGGUAAAGACAGUAGAUGCAUACGGGCACAUCGUCAUCCCCGGUGGCAUCGAUGUCAACACAAGCCUGCAAGCCCCACAGCUUGGCAUGAGCCCUGCGGAUGACUUCUACCACGGGACCCGUGCCGCCCUGGCAGGGGGCACCACCAUGAUCAUUGACCAUGUAUUGCCAGAGCCUGGCUCUAGCCUCCUAGCAGCAUAUGAUCAGUGGAGGGAUAUUGCUGAUAAAAGGUCGUGCUGUGACUACUCUCUCCACAUGGACAUCACCCGCUGGCACGACGGCCUCUUUGAGGAACUGGAGGCUCUGGUCAAAGACAAAGGGGUCAAUUCAUUCCUGAUCUUCAUGGCCUACAAGGACAAAUAUCAGAGCUCGGACACCCAGAUGUAUGAGAUGUUCGGUGUCAUCAGAGACCUGGGAGCCAUUGCGCAAGUGCAUGCCGAAAAUGGCGACAUCAUCGAAGAGGAGCAGAGGAAGCUGUUGGAUGUGGGUAUUACUGGGCCUGAAGGACAUGUGCUUAGCCACCCAGAGGAGGUGGAAACAGAGGCUGUGUAUCGUGCCAUCACCAUUGCCAAGCAAGCCAACUGCCCACUCUAUGUCACCAAGGUGAUGAGCAAAACAGCUGCUGACGUCAUUGCUAAAGCCAGGAAAAAGGGCAUGGUUGUGUAUGGAGAGCCAAUCACAGCUAGUCUGGGUACUGACGGGUCUCACUACUGGAGCAAAAACUGGGCUAAAGCCGCCGCCUUUGUCAUGUCCCCGCCCAUAAGCCCAGACCCGGGUACUCCUGAGUACCUCAGCUCCCUCCUAUCCUGUGGAGAUCUGCAGGUGACUGCCAGUGCCCACUGCACAUUCUCCACUGCUCAGAAAGCUGUUGGAAAGGAUAACUUCACCUUCAUCCCUGAAGGCACCAACGGCAUCGAGGAACGGAUGACCAUAGUCUGGGACAAGGCAGUGGCCACAGGCAAAAUGGAUGAGAACGAAUUUGUGGCAGUGACCAGUACGAACGCAGCCAAGAUCUUCAACCUUUACCCGCGCAAAGGUAGGAUCGCUGUGGGCUCCGAUGCUGACCUGGUGAUCUGGAACACAAAGGAGACAAAAACCUUUUCUGCAAAAUCACACAAUCUGACAGUGGAGAUGAAUAUCUUCGAGGGGAUGGAGUGCCGAGGUUUUCCCGUGGUUGUAAUCAGUCAGGGGAAAAUCGUUUUAGAGGACGGGAAUCUGAACGCCACGGAGGGCACUGGACGUUUCAUCCAUAGGAAGGCCUAUCCGGACUAUGUUUACAAGAGGAUCAAAGCCCGCAGCAGGAUGGCAGAUGCUCGCGGUGUGCCUCGUGGAAAUUAUGAUGGCCCUGUCCAUGAUGUCAUCAGCAUGACAACAUCAGUACCACCCACACCCACCACCAGGGGGCCCACAUGUCCAGGAAAGACUACGAGUGGGCCAGCAAGGAACUUACACCAAUCAGGGUUCAGUCUGUCAGGAACCCAAAUGGAUGACCAUAUCCCAAGACGAACGGCACAGCGGAUUGUAGCGCCCCCUGGAGGACGAUCGAACAUCACGUCCCUCUCAUGA